AUGAAGGAACUCUUGCGGGCCGGCUAUCGAACCGGGCUACUGGAAGCCAUGCCCACAGCUGGUGGCCGCAUAAGUACUUUGACCGAACCUGGAUUUGACCAACCUGUUGAAACCGGCGCUGAGUUCAUUCAUGGCAAGCUGCCACUGACUCGUAAACUGCUCGACGACGCCGGUAUCAAAUAUCACCGGAUAACAGAUUGGCGGGGAUAUCUUUUCGGCGGAUUUGCUUUGGUCUGGAUCGCCAACACUUACAUUUCACUUUUCGGCUUGUUGCGCCAGGGAUUGAAGAAAGAGAAAAUCACUGCCAACCUGAAAGAAGUCGAGCUGAAAGAAGUAAAGCAAAACACGAAUGGCGGCAAGCAACAGGAAUUAUCUUGA